AUGUUUUCACCCUCAGGAAUGGUGGAGACGAUUAAUGCCAGAGAAACUGCUCCAAAGAAUGCAUCAGAGAACAUGUUUGGCGAUGGCACAGAGAAAAAUCCAGCAGGGUUAUUUAUAGGUGUUCCAGGAGAACUGCAUGGUUAUAAGCUGGCACAUGAAAGACAUGGGAGACUGAAUUGGAGCAAGCUGUUUGAGCCCAGUAUAAAGCUGGCACGCGGGGGAUUUAAGAUUGGAAAGGCCUUGGCCAAAGCCAUUAAAGCGAAUAAGGACAUAAUUCUGAAUAAUGCAGCAUUGUGUGAAGUGUUUUGCAAAUCAAACACCACCAUCUUGAAGGAAAAUGAUGACAUAUCAUUUCCCAAACUAGCUGACACCUAUGAGACGAUAGCGAACUACGGAAUAAGUGCCUUUUACAAUGGGUUAUUAACUCAGAGUAUAGUGGAUGAUAUCAAGGCUGAAGGAGGGAUUAUAACACGUGAGGACCUAAUGAAUUAUACGGCAGACCUGAAAGAGUAUGCAUUAAACUUUACUGUGGGGAAAUACAUAUUUCAUGCUCCUGAUGCUCCAUUCGGUGGACCUGUGCUCACAUUCAUACUCAACAUACUCAAAGGUUACAACUUGUCAAGCAGCAGUGUGUCCACUAUAAGGAAUAAGACUUUGACCUAUCAUCGUAUAAUAGAGGCGUUUCGCUUUGCUGAUGUCAAAAAAAGUAAACUGGGAGACCCACGCGAUGAAAGUGUCAAAGAGGUUGUCAAAAACAUGACCUCAGAAAGCUUUGCGGACAGUAUCAGGAGUAAGAUUAAAGAUUACAUCAAACAAGAGAGAUACGAUGACAAAGAAGGUCAUUAUCCAGAUGAUGAUCAUGGCACCACCCACCUGUCCAUCAUCGGAGAAGAUGGCAGUGCCGUGGCAGUCACCAGCAGUAUCAAUAACUAUUUUGGCUCUAAGGUGAGGUCAAACUCAACAGGCAUUAUAUUCAAUGACCAAAUGAAUGAUUUCUGUAAACCCAAGCAGAAAAAUGGAUGUAACAAGAACAACCUAAUUAAACCAGGUAAAAGGCCACUUUCAUCAAUGUGUCCCACAAUCAUAUUGGACAAACACAGCAGACAAGUCAAAAUGGUGGUCGGAGGCGCAGGUGGGACAAAUAUCACCACAUCAGUUGCUCAGGUGAUCCUGAACUAUCUGUUCUUUGGCUAUGACCUGCAGAAAGCUGUUGAAGAGCCCAGAGUUCAGAUCCCAAUAAAUGAGACAAAUGUAGAAGAGUGCUUUGAUGUGGGGGUCACUGAUGGCUUGAGGCAGAAGAAUCAUACUAUAUUUCACAAUGCUGAAGUAUCAGUGGUCCAGACAAUUGUACGAGAGGGGGACAAAGUAUGUGCUGAAUCUGACUGCAGGAAAGGUGGCUAUCCUGCUGGAUACCCAGAAACAAGUCAUGGUGAACCCCACAUCCUACUGCAUCUCAACACAGCGGAGACAGUUCUGCUUCACAAUCUCACUCUUCUCAGAGACAUCGUUGAGCAAGAGGAUGAGGAAGACCAUGAUGACGGCUCUCUGAACCACACAAGCUAG